CCAGGAAAUUGUUGAGUUUCAUUCAUCUCGCUCCCUCCCUUCCAAGGAUGCAUUCUUGUGAUCUGGUUGGUCAAGGUGCUUUAGCUUGUUGACAGGUUCCUCAGCCGCUGGGUUCAGCCUCUGGGUUCAGCCUUGAGGGAUUCGUAAGUGGGUCAUGUGAACUGCGAAUGGAAGAGGUGGCUGCUGCAUAUUCUUACGAAGUAGAGAAGACCAGAUUCGCAUUGCAGUUUUUUGAUAACAGGUGCUUGGACGUGUGGAAAUUGAGGAUUGAUUGCAAUUUGGUGGAAGGUUUUCCAGAAGAGCAAGAGUUAGCUGCCGUUUGAAGCUCUCAGAGUCAGCUUUAGAUUUCUUAUGUUUUAGAGGUUAAAGAAAACAGCGAUCGCGCAAGUUUAAAAGUUGGAAUUGGGGAGUUGUCUCACUCGGGGUCCUUGCUUAAGUGCACUGAUUCGUAUAGUGGAAGGUUAAGGUGCUCUUGCGGAUUCGUCGGCAGCAUUUCAACAGGGAUUGUCCACAUUGCUGGAGUGUGACAAGAACAGACCACCGCUUCCUGGAUCAUCACUACAGAACAGACGAGAUAAUAUUAUCUUCGAAGGAUGAAGUAAUGUCGAUUUUAUUUACAGGUUGAAGGGAAGGAUCCGAAACUGGUCUUAUUCUCCAUUCGGUCUAAAUUCUGGAGGGAUUUCAUCUGGGGACGCAGCUAUGGUUUCAGGGCUGCCGUCACAGGUGGCCAGCAUUGAAAAGGAAGUGCGAGAGAUUUUCUUGAUCCUUGCGAGUGGGUUUCAAAGGACAGAUAAGAUCAAAGAUGUCGACAAGAAGAACAAGCAGUUGGAGGAGCUCACUGCUCAGAUGCGGGAUGCAAAACGGUUGAUUAAGGGUUUCGACAAAGUAAUGAAGUAUGAGGAAAGCCUAACAAAUCUGGAAUUUAACAAGAUGCUGAAUGAGAAAAAGCAAUCACUGAUAAACGAACUCAACUCUUUUGUCGCACUAAGAAAGACGUACCCAAGCUCGAUAGGGAGGAGGGAAGAACUCCUCGGCGGAGGCUCAUAUACUGCAUCUUUAAGGGAUGUGGAUGUUCGCCUGGCCUCAUCUGUGGCAAAUGAAGACCCAACCCAAACGGCUAGACAACCGAUGGAUGGAACAGAUAAAACUACAGAGAGUUCUUGUGAGAAGGAGCAGUCAAGCAAGACUAAGGAUGAUGUGGACACCACCCGGUUUUCAACGAAAACUGGAUCACUUAAAGAACUUGGGUGUAAGCUGGCAACAAACAGGUUUGUAAUGCUCAUUUUACUUCUCAUAACGAUAUCUUUGAUCGUGACUGUUAUUGUGAAGGUACUCCCUUUCAUCUUUCUUCAUAACGUUGAGCCCACGCCGUCCUCGGAACUCACUGACGAUUAUGAGUGACUUUGAUUUCUGAUGUACCUGUAUCUAACUAUGAUGUUAUGUGCUUGAGUUCUUAAUACUGGCGUGUUUUUUCUCUAGAGCUUGUCCAUCCCGAGGGUGGAUUACCCAGUUCAUCACCUCCAGCUCGAAGGAGGCGCCUUCUGAUGACAGAGUUGGACUUGCUAAAAACCAUCUCUUCCUAGUCCUACUGCCGAGUUUGGAGUAGGUCACUCAUAUUGUCAACGAGCUUGGUAGCAGUUUAUACACAAACUUUCUCAUUCCCUCUACUCCUCUGAAAAAGCAGGCCUGCUCUAUUCUAGGAGCAGUCUACCUCUAAAGCAGAUAUUUGUCCACUCUAAAGCAGAUACAAACCAUAAACUACAGAAAAACUUGGGGCUGUUGACCUUUCGUCAACUUAUCCUAUGUUCUAUUGAACCACCUACAUGUAACACGACCUAUUGAGGAAUUUUACUCCUUUCCAAGUUUCCGACACUCCUUUUGUGCAUGUAAUUCAGCUCCUGAGUUGGGCUCACCCUGCUAAAAAGGAGGCGGACCUGUCUGACAUGGCUGGUAGAUGAGUUAGGAAAAAGGAUGGAAAUGGGCACAAUUGGGGAGGAGCAUUAUGGGAGGGGGGAGGGUACUGACUCAUACCACAAAGAUCACGGAAACAGUCAGCGCCGAAGGGCUGAAAACACGGCACAUAUCCCGAGCAUGCGACGACACACGGCGUAAGGAAGAAAGGAAGGGAGGAAGGAGGCCAGGCUAGGGUUGGGCAGGGAACGGCAGGGUUGCCAAAGUCAAACCUAGCUUGGAUUCAUAUUUUAGCACGGGUCUCCUGUACCGCCUUGCGUUGCGGCAUGAUCAGCUCUGCCGAUCGAUGGUCCAGUUGCUGCAGCAGGGCCUGGAUGCCAUGGCCAUGGCAUGGCAUGGCGCUUGUCAGAGCGAAUGCCCUGGCUCGCAGCUGGGGGGGGCGUUACUGAUCGAUAGCUAACACUUCUCCUCAAAGUAGGAGCUUCAUUCUCAUUGUCUCUUACUCUUCUUGCUUGUUGUCUCUUCUUCUGUGACUCGUUUCUAGUUUCUGCAUUGUCUGCGCUUCUUUGCACUCCAGCUUUGCACUUUCGCGUAGACAACGUUGUCGACGGUAUAAUGUGUAUCUUGUUUGCGUUGAUUGUAUUCUCAGACGCAAGGUGGAUAUGAUCCAGUUGAACGAACAGUCCCUUCCAAAGUGGCCUUGCCUUGUUCUUCCGAGUGUGUUGUGCCUUUCUUGGGGGUUGUCAUUCGGUAUCGUUUGAGAGCUGGUUUUGUGAUGGAAUUAUUAGCUUGUGAUGUAAUGGGCCUUAUGAGGUCUCCUUAUUCGCUACUGAGCUCCUCUUGGUCUCACACUUGUGCAAUGAGACAGCACGAUUGAGUUAUGCUGCCGUGAUAGUAAUUUAUCUUCAUUGCAGCAACGGGAGAUAAUGCCAAUAUUCAGUGUAUUUGUGUAUCUUAGGAAUUGUAUCUGGAUUUUGAUCUACCUUCCUCGCUGACAUAAACUGUCUUUACAGAUCUAACAUCCUUACAGACUUCAAAAAUAUCUCAACGUGCCGCAAGUAUCUCUUACUUUUAAGAAUAUCUCAGCUUCAAUUAUAUCUUUCAAUUGUCUAAUUUCCUCCGUCGAAUUAAUAACCAUCAGCUCUAAUGCAGGGCUUUACCAACGAACCCCGCAUCUGAAACUCUUACGGUGUAGAUAUAAAAAGCCCUAACAAGAAAGAGUAUGUUGUUCUCGUUGAGUAUUGUUUCAGUUGGAAUUAACUUCGUACUCAUUUGAUCACUCGGACUGCAGUAGAUUUUUUAUACGCAUGAGCACUGAAGCCACUAAUGGCUGACUACGAUCACUUUGAGACUUUACAACAGCAGGUGAAGAGGCAGAUUUUUCCAAAGCGGUUCUAAACAAGAAGCUUCCGUGUAAAUUAGUUCCGGAACUGUAAGUCAUAUCUUAGAUUUGUCACUAUUUGAACUGGAUUAUAGUAAGGCAGACGUAUACACAGGCGAUUCAUGAAUAGACGUCUAUACUUCGUCAUUACGAUGACCUCAAGCCCUAAACUGAUGCUGCCGUCAUCCAUCGUUGCAACUUGCUACGCACCUUUUCACGAUGCUACGGAUGAAGGGGAAUCUAGACCCCAAAACAAGGAAAGGAAGCUGUAGUGAACCUGAGAUGGGAAUAUCUAUAAAGGCAGCUACGAAUCCUGCAAUGAAAUCAAAUCUGACAAACCUAUCUUGCAUAAUUGGUGAAGAACGGAGGAUUGACAGACAAGCUGAAAAGCCUUCAAGCAUUCCUCUGGGACCACGUGUGCCUCCAUUUGCGACCAUUUUCCGAACGCCCCUGCUUCGGCGAGUAGCUGUCGCUUGGCAGGGCUAGGGUUAGGAAUCAGACAAUCUCGCCAGUUGUGUUGUCGUCUCGUAUCGUGCCAUUCUCAAUGGAGGGCUAUACUGUUCCGGAUUAGUUAUGAUAGAUAUUUCUUACUCUUCUCCUCUUUGCAGCCCCUCAAAAUGGUUCCGAAUCAGUCCUCUUGCAAUGAUGAAGCUGGUCAUCGGGGACCUGUGUGUAACCGCUCCUCGAUUCCCUCAGUGUCGAACAAUUGCAUGCUGCCGCCCUACGUCAGCCGCCAACUUCUCACCGCUCAUCUUCAAGUGUAUUCGGUGCGUUUGAUAUCAAUACGCACCCUUAGUUUAUCUUGACUUGCCACGGACUCGAGCAUCAUUUGGCUCCAUUUCGAGACAUAUAACCAGCAAAAAGAAAGUGGAUGAGGGAGCUCAGUGUGAAUAGCACGCACAGGAAUAGACUUUUGUGUGCGUUGUGCCUAUGCCACUUAUUCGGGAGAUUAAGACACUGCAGAGAAUCUAGAUCACAGAGGCGUGCCAAGCUUCACUCUGCUCGACUUGUUCGUUAUUUCAAAUGUUGCCCCUUGUCGUGAAAUAAAUCCGCUUGUCCAUGUCACCUGCACCGGAGCGGCUCUUCUUUUC